UGGCUGGAGCCACCUUUCCCCUUCAAUUUCAUGUUAUCCGAUCUUCCACACCCCGAAACACACAAAAUUCAACAAAAUCCCCAAUACCUUCAAGAACCCAGGAACCAAAAAUCAGGUUAAUAAGUUACCAGAAAAAUUCAUGGAGAUUUCAUCUUUUACUCUGUCCACUCCUAGAUCCCCACUUUUUCUCCCUUCCCAAUCAUCCCAAUCCACCUUCUUGACCAGCAAUGGCACCACCUCUUUGUCCUUCAGCAAAAGCACUGUAAAUGGCAGUGCUUUGGUUCUGAGCAGAAGCAGAACAAGAACUGAGAGAGCCCAGAAGGGUAUGACGUGUAACGCUCUGUUUGGUCUUGGGAUGCCGGAGCUUGUGGUUAUAGCUGGUGUGGCGGCUCUGGUUUUUGGACCCAAGAAGCUGCCUGAAGUGGGGAAGAGUAUUGGGAAGACUGUCAAGAGCUUCCAGCAGGCAGCAAAGGAGUUCGAGACGGAGCUUAAAAAAGAACCUGAGGGCCUCACAGAGACACCUACAGCGUCGAGUGAAGAAGAAAAACAAGAAGCCAAGGUCGCAAGUUCACAGGAAAACGCAUGAGGUUGUAGUGAUAACCCAGUUGAUACAUUCUCUAUUUUUUGUUGUGCUGUAAGCUUAGAACAUGAACAAGGCAGAUCAAUAUUCUCGUUCUUUAUUAAUCUACUCGUUAUGUUCUCAGAA